CAAAGAAAGACUUCUGAAAUAAGAAAAAUGAAAAUCCAUCUUUUGGUUCUCGCUGUUCUUUGCACGGCCAGUUUGUCAGCUGAAGUGGCGGACUCAGAUGUGACAAGUGGAAACACCGGUGGUUCGAAUUACGAUAGUGGACACGAUGAAAGUUCAAGCGUGUAUAGCAGUACCGAUAGUGGAUAUGGCAUAGAUAAUUGGAAUUGGGAAAGUUCAGCCGAUAGCGGAGAUGAUAGUUGGGACGAUAGCAGAGACGAUAGCAGAGAUGAUAGCGGAAAUUAUACCGGAUCCGCUAGCUUUGACGAAUCUGGUAGUGCUAGCGUCAACGAUUCUAGUUCUGAUAGACCACUGCGCCCUCAACAUCCCCGGCGAAAUAGGUGGCAUGGGAACCGAAGAGGGGACAGAAGUGUUUUUAAAAAACAUCAUCCGGAUAGAAACAAUCGUGGCGACAAAACCCCAUCUAAAUCUAUUCAGUUUUCUUAUUUUUUCGGGAACGGAUGGAAAUAAUGGUGUGAAAUUCAUUAAACGUGAGGAAAUGGAAUCUUACACAACCAGUGAUGUAAUUUUAUAUUAAGUUUCAAGGGGUGGGAAGGUGUCUAGGUACAGGUGGUACAGCGAUGUUAUCACUAAAAUAAAGAUCCUGUUUAGCACA